AUGAAAUUCUACUUAACAUUGAAAAAGCUUAUCAAUGUUUUGAUCGAGGACAUUCCAGUUGAUCCUUCUGGAUCAACUGAACAAACUAACAACAAACAAUUUAUGGAUUUAGAUGGAAUUGUUCAUUCAAAUGAAUUAGAUUCCACAACUGUGCAGACUAAAGCGAACAAUUUACUACCCAGGAAAGAAAUCUCCUUAUGGAAAGAGAAGGAUUAUUUUUUCAAAUAUCACAUUUUAAAUGGACUCAUUGAUGAUUUGUAUGAUUAUUAUAGUAACAAUGAAACCGCAAAACAAGUUUCAGAAGCUCUGAAUAAGAAGUAUGAUAUUGAAAAAGAUGGAUUAACGAAUCAUGUCGUUAGCCACUACCUCGAGUAUCAGAAUGUUGAUGAAAGUUUUGUGGAAGCUCAAUGUCAUGAACUUCAAAAGAUAGCUCACGAGAUCAUCAUUGAAGCAUGCCCUUAUCCCUUUGGCAAACCUCUAAAGAAUCAAAACUGCAAUGUUGUGAGUCAAAUUAAGAAUGAGAAUCCUUUAAGGGCCCCAAUUGCUCCAAUUGCUAGGCAUCAUCCACCUCCUCAAAGAAAUAAUGAUCCUAUUUUUACUUGCUUUACUUAUGGAAAAUCGGAUUAUAAGGCUAAGAUAUGCAAGAGCAGGCGUAAACCUGUUGUUGGCUCUAGUGCACAAGUUAACCUGACUAAUGAGCAAUUUAUUUAUACGAUCACUAAAAUCAACAUGGUUGGUAGAUUUGAUGGUUGGUGGAUAGACACUGGAAUAUGUCGUCAUGUCUCUUAUGAUCGUGCUAUAUUUAAAACAUACAUGAAUGCUGAAAAUAAGAAAGUGUUGUUGGGAGAUGCUCAUACCACUAAUGAUGCUGUUAUUGGAGAUGUGGAAAAUUGCAAAUUUAGCAUUGAACAGAUGAACCAAACAGCAUCACCAGAAACAAACUUGAUCAUCAAGAAAGUUCCCUAUGAAUUAAAAGUGAAAUAUGAAAAUGGAAUCAACAAACUUGUACUUAAUCUCCAUAUACCUCAGUUAGUAAAGUUUGAGCCAGAUAUUUCCAUUGUUUACAAUUUCUAUCAUUAA